CCGUUUUUUAAUUUGUACAUCACACGCAGACGCAGCUUUUUGUUUUUGUUUUCAACAAUCGCUUUUUUUCUCGAUCUCCGUCAAGCUCCCGAAUCUCUGGUUUUGAAUUUUGGAGAAUGGUGUUUUUCCGCAGCGUAUCGGCCUUUACUAGGCUGAGGUCUCGCGUCGGGCAACAAUCUUCGCUCAGCAAUUCGGUCAGAUGGAUUCAGAUGCAGAGCUCUACCGACCUGGACCUGAAGUCGCAGCUGCAAGAGUUAAUUCCGGAACAGCAGGACCGUCUGAAGAAACUGAAGUCAGAACAUGGAAAGGUCCAACUGGGAAACAUCACUGUUGAUAUGGUUAUCGGUGGGAUGAGAGGGAUGACUGGAUUGCUUUGGGAAACCUCAUUGCUUGACCCGGAAGAGGGUAUCCGCUUUAGGGGCUUGUCAAUUCCUGAGUGCCAGAAAGUAUUACCUACUGCCCAGUCUGGAGCAGAACCAUUACCCGAGGGUCUUUUGUGGCUUCUCUUAACUGGAAAGGUACCUAGCAAAGAGCAAGUUGAAGCACUGUCGAAAGACUUGGCAAGCCGUGCUGCUGUGCCAGAUUAUGUGUACAAUGCCAUCGAUGCUCUGCCUUCCACAGCUCAUCCAAUGACUCAAUUUGCUAGCGGUGUUAUGGCCCUCCAGGUGCAAAGUGAGUUCCAAAAGGCAUAUGAGAAUGGAAUUCAUAAGUCAAAGUUCUGGGAGCCAACAUAUGAGGAUUGCCUCAACCUGAUUGCUCGUGUUCCUGUUGUAGCUGCAUAUGUUUAUCGAAGAAUGUAUAAGAAUGGUGAUUCCAUUCCCUCAGAUAAAUCUUUGGAUUAUGGUGCAAAUUUUUCCCACAUGUUGGGAUUUGAUGAUGAAAAGAUGAAAGAGCUCAUGAGGCUUUACAUCACUAUCCACAGUGAUCAUGAAGGUGGAAAUGUUAGUGCUCACACUGGUCACCUGGUCGGUAGUGCACUUUCAGAUCCAUAUCUGUCAUUCGCAGCUGCAUUAAAUGGUUUAGCUGGGCCACUCCAUGGUUUGGCUAAUCAGGAAGUUUUGCUUUGGAUCAAACAAGUUGUCGAGGAAUGUGGAGAAGACAUAUCGAAAGAACAGUUGAAAGAAUAUGUUUGGAAGACAUUAAACAGUGGCAAGGUUGUUCCGGGAUAUGGACACGGUGUUCUGCGCAAUACUGAUCCAAGAUAUGUAUGCCAAAGAGAAUUUGCCUUGAAGCAUCUACCUGAUGACCCUCUUUUCCAGCUGGUGUCAAAGCUUUAUGAAGUCGUGCCUCCUGUUCUCACUCAGCUUGGAAAGGUGAAGAACCCGUGGCCAAAUGUUGAUGCUCACAGUGGGGUCUUGCUGAACCACUAUGGUCUAACCGAAGCAAGGUACUACACCGUGCUCUUUGGUGUUUCAAGGAGUCUUGGCAUCUGCUCUCAGCUAAUAUGGGACCGAGCUCUUGGACUUGCACUUGAGAGGCCAAAGAGUGUUACAAUGGACUGGCUUGAUGCCCAUUGUAAGAAAGCUUCAUCUGCUUAAGCCACCACCAGAGUCACGAGUCUGGCUCGCUUUCUCGUGUUUAAACAAAAGCCAUUCUCUUCCACACUGAAUAGCCUUUUUUUUACCUUCUAUUUGACAGAAGAAACAUUUGUUCAUGUAGAAAUUGUUCUUGAGAAACACAUGCUUGGUGCAAAUUUGCAUUCCGGGAAACUCGUGAUAAUAAAUAAACAGUUGUAUUCAAU